GUCUCGCGGGCCUCGGCGCCCAACUUUUCUCCACUCUCCCUCCCCUCCCCCGAAAGUCCAGCAACAAAGAAAAGGAGUUGGAGCGGCGGCGGCGGGGACGCGGGGGCGGCGGUCCGUGGGCGCGCAGGCCAGCGGUGUGCAGUUAUGGCCACGCAGGUUUUGGGGCAGUCUUCUGGAGGAGGGGGCCUGUUCAGCCACAGUGGCAGCAUGGGCAUGGCCCUACCCAACGACAUGUAUGACUUGCAUGAACUCUCCAAAGCAGAACUGGCUGCACCUCAGCUCAUCAUGUUAGCAAAUGUAGCCUUGACUGGGGAGGUCAGCGGCAGCUGCUGUGAUUACCUGGUGGGUGAAGAAAGACAGAUGGCGGAAUUGAUGCCAGUUGGGGACAACAACUUUUCAGACAGUGAAGGGGAAGGACUUGACGAGCCUGCUGAGCUAAAAGGUGACCCCAGUGGGCUGGUAAACAUGGAACUGAGAGGUCUGGAGCUAAAUGCUGCUGAACCACAGCCAGUAUUCGAAGCAUCAGCUGCCCCAGAAAUAUACAACUCAAAUAAGGAUCUUCCUCCUGAAACGCUUGGGACAGAGGACAAAUGUAAGAAUUUGAAGGCCAAGCCCUUUCGCUGUAAGCCGUGUCAGUAUGAAGCUGAAUCUGAAGAGCAGUUUGUACAUCACAUCAGGGUCCACAGUGCGAAAAAGUUUUUUGUGGAAGAGAGUGCAGAGAAACAGGCCAAAGCCAGGGAAUCUGGCUCCUCCACGGCAGAGGAGGGGGACUUCUCCAAGGGCCCCAUCCGCUGUGACCGAUGUGGCUACAAUACCAACCGGUAUGAUCACUACACGGCUCACCUGAAGCAUCACACCAGGGCUGGGGAUAAUGAGCGUGUCUACAAGUGUAUCAUCUGCACUUACACAACAGUAAGCGAGUAUCACUGGAGGAAACACCUGAGAAACCAUUUCCCCAGAAAAGUCUACACGUGUAGCAAGUGCAACUAUUUUUCAGACAGAAAAAAUAAUUAUGUCCAGCAUGUUCGAACUCAUACAGGAGAGCGUCCUUACAAAUGUGAACUUUGUCCUUAUUCAAGUUCUCAGAAGACUCACUUAACUCGCCACAUGCGCACUCAUUCAGGUGAGAAGCCAUUUAAAUGUGAUCAGUGCAGUUAUGUGGCUUCAAAUCAGCACGAAGUGACCCGACAUGCAAGACAGGUUCACAACGGGCCUAAACCUCUUAAUUGCCCUCACUGUGACUACAAAACAGCUGAUAGAAGCAACUUCAAAAAACAUGUUGAGCUGCAUGUUAACCCAAGGCAGUUCAACUGUCCCGUGUGUGACUAUGCAGCUUCCAAGAAGUGUAAUCUGCAGUAUCAUUUCAAAUCUAAACAUCCUACCUGCCCUAAUAAAACAAUGGAUGUCUCAAAAGUGAAACUAAAGAAAACCAAAAAGAGGGAGGCUGACUUGAAUGGUAAUGUCACCAAUGAAAAAACAGAGACAGAGCAACAGAAAACAAAGGGGGAUAUGUCUGGAAAGAAAAAUGAGAAGCCCCUAAAAGCAGAGAAAAAAGAUGUGUCAAAAGAAAAGAAGUCUUCUGGCAAUGUGUCAGUGGUCCAGGUAACUACCAGAACUCGGAAAUCCGCGACAGAGACUAAAACAGCAGAGAUGAAACACAUAGCUGUACAUACAGGAAAUAAUUCGGAAAAAUUCAGUAAAGCCAAGAAAAACAAACGAAAGAUGAAUGCUGAAGCCCAUUCCUCAGGUGAUCCCAUGAAUGAGGAACCAGUGACAAAAAAGAAAAAAAAGGUAGAGAGCAAAUCCAAAAAUAGUAACGAGGCGCCCAAGGGUGGCAACAGAAUGGAGGAGAAUAAGGGGGAUGAUAAAAACCAAAAUACUUCCACUAGGAAAGGUGCAAAGAAGAAAACUCUAAAAAGCAAAUCAAGUAAGAAAGGCAGCAGACCCGUUCAGGAGACAGAGCCUCCUUCUACAGAGCUGGCUCAGGGGGAGGCCUCUCCAGUCCCUGCGCUCACUCAGGUGGUGGGCCCUCUGGCAGGCUCCACACAGACAGGCCUUCCUUCUCCCAUCAUUAUUGCUCAGACGGGGCCUGAACAGGUGGAGGUUUCCCAGACAGGGAGUCCUCAGAGGCAGCCGCCUCUUCCCCUGGAGCCUCCUCAGGUAGAGCCGCCUCUUCCCCUGGAGCCUCCCCAGGUAGAGCCGCCUCUUCCCAUGGAGCCUCCUCAGGGGGGUCCAGCUCUUCCCCUGGAGCCUCCUCAGGUGGGACAUUGUCAGAAAGAGCUGCCUUCUCCUUUGGACCAUGCUCAGAUGGAGGUUGCUCAGGCAGAACCUUCUCACAUGGGAUGCGUUCAGAUGGAGCCUCCUGCUAUCACGGAGCCACCUCUUCAAGUCAAGCCAAUCACCAAAAGGUCAUCUCCAAGGAAAGAUAGGAGAAGUUCAAAGGAGAGGUUGGACAUGCAGAGUGAGAUGGUGCGGCAGGAGCAAGUUCUUAUUGAAGUUGGCUUAGUGCCUGUUAGAGAUAGUCAGCUUCUAAAGGAAAGCAAGGGUGCACAGGACCUUCCAGCCCUGUCAUCACCACCGCCAAAGGGAAAUUCAAGGAGAGAAGAGACAGCCAUGGACCAAAAGAUUGUCUCUGAUGGGGUAGGAAAUAAAGUAGGAACAGAGGAAGCUGUUGAGAGUCUUGGUGAGCUUACUGCUCCCAAGGAGUCUACCAAUGGCUUACCCUUGGAACAGAACUCAAGUGUGCCAGAUGGUGAAAUAUUACCUGCUAAGUGUCAGACUGGUUCAACUGGGGUUUGUGAAAUGGAACUAGACCCUGAGCAGAACACAGCAGACAGUGUCCCUGAGAAAGACUCAACAGUUGAACCAGUGUCAACACCGCCUCUUAUCCCAUCAGCUGAAACAGCAUCAUCAACUGUCACUUUGGCUGAAAAUGAGUCUCAGGAAAUGGAUGAAGAUGAAGGCAUCCAUAGCCAUGAUGGAAGUGACCUGAGUGAUAAUAUGUCAGAGGGUAGUGAUGAUUCUGGGCUGCAUGGGGCUCGGCCGGUGUCACAAGAAGCUAGUUCAAAAAAUGGAAAGGAAGGGUUGGCAGUUAAAGUAAGUGAGGGGGAUUUUGUUUGUAUUUUCUGUGAUCGUUCUUUUAGAAAGGAAAAAGAUUACAGCAAACACCUCAAUCGACAUUUGGUUAAUGUGUACUUCCUGGAAAAAGCAGCUGAAGGGCAGGAAUAGCUAGUUCCCUGGUGGAGGUGCAGUUCAUAGUUUCUAAACAUGCCUCUAUUAGUUUGUUAUAAACACAAGCUUGCUUUAGUGUCAAGUGCUGAUUUUUAAAAGACAUUCUUUUUCUUACGACUCUAUGGCUUAUCUAGUGACUCUUGCAUAAAUCUUAGCAAAUCCUAGGGAAUUAAUGUUAAGAAAACAGGUAUUUCAAUGUUAGUUUGUGCAGUCAGGUGAAAAGAGAAAGGCAAGAUGGUAGAACACGAUCUCUUGUGUUAUCUACCUACAACCGUAACAGUUUUUUUUUUUUUCCUGUCCUUUUCACUUUAAUUUCUACUUUUAGUUCUUUGUUUAGAUUGGUAAAAAUUGGCAUAGCAAAUUACUUGAAGAAUUUGCCUGCUUUAUAUAAGUAAAGUUAGCACUUUAAAGUUUCUUUAGAGUUGAGAAAAGACAUUUAAAUUGAAGAAAAAUUCUUUCAACAGUGGACAUUGUAUCUGUCCAGGUAAUUGCUUCUUGACUUAUGGUCAAUAUUUUGUGUUUGUAUGUUAAUCAUUAUAAAAAGUGAUUUUUGGUGUUUUUCUGGUGCUUUACUGGCUUAAUAUGUUGCACAUGGUUUUUGUUUGUUUUUAACCUAUGCAGUUAAUUUUCCCUCCUAGAAAUAGCAUUGUGUUUAAUAGUAACACUUUAUACAUAUGCAUGUUUUUUUUCUUUCUUUUGGGGGGGUUGCUUUUAGGCUUGUUUGUAAAAGUGCCGUUUUCCUUUUCUUUGCUGCAAUUGUCUUGCAGAACAAUAGUGUGCAAGUUUAUGAGCAAUGGAACAUGCAGGUUCAAUCCAUUGUUUAUUUUUUUACUUUAAUUUUCACCUUUAUGUAUGCCAGAAUCAGUUUCAUGUAAGUUAUUUUGAAUGGUGAGCAUGUGUAAUUCCACAGCUUUCCUGUCUGAUUUUGUUCAGUGAGUCAUUAGAUCCCAUAUUGAACAAAAUUUAAUUUCAAAUAUCAGCCAUUAGGAUUUUUUAUUUCGCUGUUUCUAGCUUAUUUCUUAGAGAGUGAUAAGUCAUUCUUUGAAGAGUUAUUUUUUCAGUAGGUGUUGACGUUGGGAUGGCUGCUCAACUGAAUAAAGAACUCCAAGUGAUCCUUGGAAACAGCAAACCUGGAGCCAAGCAUAAUUAUCCUUCCUAGAAUAUCACUGUGAGAAAGCCAUCAUGGCCUCGUGGCUCACCUAGAAUGGAGUGCUGAGUUCUGGCAAACAGGUGCAUCUUCCUUCCAGUGAGUACCUGAACAGGGCUGAUGUUAAUUAAGUAUAGUCCAGAUUUGAAGAAUCAUACUUUCCUCAGGGAUCUCCACAAACUAGUGGGUGUCCUCGCUGCCCCUGUGAGACAACCUCUGUAGAGGAGAGGUCUCAAGUGAAUUGUAGCUAUCCUGGUGUCCUUAUGGGGGCACUGGUAUGAGAAACCACAUGCUCCAGAACCCGUUGUGUGUGAUGGGAUUUUUCUUACUGGCAAUAGUAAACAAAGCAUGGUCCCAAUAGGGAAUUGUGGCAUUUUGAUGGUCAUGUUCUGUUUUGAAAUAACCUGUAUUUCAUUUAUUUUCUUUUACCUGGCGAUCUCUGAGCAGGCUUCAGAUUUUGACAGUUCAUGAGAGAUACAACAAGCAUUAAUGUAUGGGUGAAAAGCAUGGUGAAAUUCUGAGUGAAGUUUUAGUUAAAGUUGGUUGAACUUGGGAUUGACUGGGAGGCCAAAGAUUUAAAAAGCAGAAGAUUCUCUCAAGACACAAGUUGUGUGAUAAUAGUGUGUUUUUGUGUGUGUGUAUGAGAAUUUAUAAAUGUUAAAUUCUAGGCUCCGACAAUCAUUGUCAGUGCAGAUCAAGCUGCAAGUAUUUAUGUUUUAAAACUUAAAUUAUAAAGCUAGUUCAGUCUUUCUAACAACUAGUUUUAAUGUUCAUGAGCACAUUUUACCUACAUUACCUUUUCAAGAUGUUGCAAGCACAGGUUGGAGGCUUUCAUAUAGCAGAGGAAAACAAUACCUUCUGGGAGUUGAACUAAGAUUUAAUCUGGAGUUUAAGAUUAGAAGUUUAAAAACAAAACUAAAAAGAAAAUUAAAAAAACCUCAUUAAAUUGAUCUUUGAAAUUGAGUGGGACUGUUGAGGUCUUUCUUCCAGAAAACAAGGACUUGGUUGUCAGGCCUAUAUUAGGCCUGAACUUUGGUACCAUGUAUUUGUACUUACAUUGUUUCAACAGAAAGUGUCUUAGUGAAUGGAACUUCUAGUACAGUUUGGAGUUCUUCCAUUUGAAAACUGAUACUUGCAUGGGAUUGUUCGAAUCUUGUUUUCUAGUCUCUCCCUUCCCAUCAUCGCCCUCAAAGUCUGAGGGAGAUUUUUCUCUUGAUAAGGAACAAAAAAAGUGAACAUCUUAUUUGUAAAUUGAUAAUUAGUAACUAGUGGUAAACUUGAAAUGGUAGAAUUCUUUAAAGCCUAAUCCUAGGUAGCCUUAGGAAAGUGUAUCUUAAUUAUUUUUGAAACUGUAUUCACCUUGUUUCUUUCAAGAUAUCUUAAGUUAUAUUUUCUUUUUUCAGAGCUGCUUCUUUGGGGCUACUUGUUUUUUUUUUUUUUUUUAAUUGAGGCGUAAUUCAUAAAAGGGUACAUUGUUUUUAUGAGACUUUCUACAGCUCUGGCUGGAUGUCUUUCUCCUAGUCUUCCAAGGAGGGCCAUUUACUUUAGAGUUACUUUUAAAGUGAGGUCAUCAACUUGGACUACUUUGCAUAUAAGUGCUAAUGCAAAUUAAAUCCCAAGUUGACUUCAAGCAGUUCACUAUGAAUGUUGACAAUGGAAAGAACAGUUUGCCUGUGUACUGUUACUUGUGGACUGAAAUGCUGAAGAAACUCCAUUUUUAUUUUUUACAAAAAUCAAGGUAUAUCCUAGGGCUUCCUGGUUGAUUGUAACAGAUGAAGUGAGCGGAUAGUCUUAGUUCAGAAAUGUUCUGAAUAUGUAGAUUUACAGUCUACAUGAAAGGCUGGCUGAGUGAGAUAGCUUUUUUACAACUCUACAUGUGUUCUAUAGGCUCCCAUUAGUUACUGAACUCGUAAAAAUGGUAUUGUAACAUUACAACAAUGUUUUGCGCCAAUUUUAUAAACUUUUACAGUGCAAUAUGUUACUUUUCUGAGGCAAACCAAAGGUAUAUUUCUCAAGGUUCUGCUGCCUUCAGCAGCACUUGGCGGAGGAUCUUUUAUACAUUUGUAAUAGAUAGAAAUAAACCAGAUUGCAGGUUUUUUUUUUUUUUUUUUUUUAAAUUGUAAACCAUGUACCAAGUUUCUGGUCAAGAUUGUGUAGGAUAAGUUAAACAUAAUUGCAUUCUAUUAACCAAUAUGAGUGUAUUUCUUAUGCAUAUAGUUACAUUGAAAUAAAGUUCUACAAAAGCA